AUGGAGCGCUCGGAAGGAGGCGAGCGGAGCCAGCAGCAGCCCUGGGGGAAGCUGAUCCGGCUGGGUGCUGAUGAGGCAGAGCCGCACGUCUUGCUGCUGAAAAGAGAAUGGACAAUUGGUCGGAAGAAAGGUUGUGAUUUAUCUUUCCCUGGAAACAAGUUGGUGUCUGGAGAUCACUGUAAAAUUAUAGUGGAUGAAGAAUCUGGUCAAGUGUCAUUGGAAGAUACAAGUACUAAUGGAACAGUAAUUAAUAAACUGAAAGUGGUGAAGAAGCAGACAUACCCUUUACAGACUGGAGAUGUGAUCUAUGUUGUUUACAGAAAAAAUGAGCCAGAGAACAAUGUUGCUUAUCUUUAUGAAUCCUUAAACACAAAACAUGAUGCAACUCAAGAACCAGUAGCUGUAGAAGUUAAUGUAGAAAACCAAUGCCAUGUGACCAAAGAUACCUCAAAUACAGGAAGAAGUAAUGAUGAGACCCAAAUUACCUCAUCACCGUCAGCUACUCAGUCUUGCUAUGAGGAACCACAGCCAUCUACUUCUACAUCUAACCUCUUUAAUGCUUCUUCUACCUCUCUUAUUGAGUCUGCAUCUGUUCAGCAGGAUAAUCCUUCUACAUCUGGAUCACAAUCCUCAGUUUUCACUCCUGUGCCUGCUUUCCCCAUCUUAGAACCUGUGUGUGUAAGAGCACUGCAUGAUGAACGUGAAAAGCUGGCUGUGAAUACUGAAAAUUCUGCAGUCACUUCAGAAAUCCCUAAGAAAUUAAAAGCAGAAUCGGAUUCUCAAAGAACAGGGGAGGAGGAAGAAGAUUUGGAACCUGCUAAGAAGAAACUAAAAGAAGAUGAAGAUGCUUGUCCAAAUAUUCCACCAGCAACUCCAAGUGAAUGCAUCAUUAAAAUUGGCUCUGAAGAUGCAAAAACGUCAAAUGUGAAACCAGAUAAGAUGGAAGAAACAUUAACUUGCAUUAUCUGCCAAGAACUGCUGCAUGACUGUGUAAGCUUGCAGCCUUGUAUGCAUACUUUUUGUGCUGCCUGCUACUCAGGAUGGAUGGAAAGAUCUUCUCUAUGUCCAACUUGUCGUUGUCCAGUAGAACGUAUUUGUAAAAAUCACAUAUUGAACAACUUAGUGGAAGCUUAUCUGAUUCAACAUCCAGAUAAGUGUCGUAAUGAAGAUGAUGUACGUAGCAUGGAUGCUAGAAACAAAAUUACUCAAGACAUGUUGCAACCUAAGGUGCGGAGAUCUUUUUCAGACGAGGAAGGAAGUUCUGAAGAUUUGUUGGAAUUGUCAGAUGUAGACAGUGAAUCUUCAGAUAUCAGUCAACCAUAUAUAGUGUGCAGGCAGUGCCCAGGGUAUCGAAGACACUCUGUUCCAACUCUGUCUGGUACAGUCCAAGAGACAGAAACAGGAGGAAUGCAAGCACUGGGAGAUGCGCCAUCUACGUCAGCCAACUUCCCUGCAGCUGUCCAAGAAUAUGUGUGUCCUGCUCAAGGAAGUCAUGUAAUAUGCACUUGCUGCUUUCAGCCAAUGCCUGACCGAAGAGCAGAGCGUGAACAGAAUCCUCAUGUUGCUCCUCAGCAAUGUACAGUUUGUCUGCAACCCUUCUGUCACUUAUACUGGGGCUGCACUCGGAUGGCAUGUUUUGGCUGUUUGGCACCAUUCUGUGAAAUAAACCUUGGUGAUAAGUGUUUAGACGGAGUCCUAAAUAACAACCACUACGAGUCAGAUAUCCUAAAGGAUUACCUGGCAUCCAGGGGUUUGACAUGGAAAAAUAUGUUAAACGAAAGUCUCUUGGCUCUUCAAAGAGGAGUUUUUAUGUUGUCAGAUUACAGAAUUACUGGGAACACAGUGCUUUGCUACUGUUGUGGCCUUCGCAGCUUUCGAGAACUUGCCUACCAGUACAGGCAGAAUAUUCCUGUUGCUGAAUUGCCAGUGACUGUCACAUCACGUCCUGAUUGCUACUGGGGGCGCAACUGUCGAACUCAGGUCAAAGCACAUCAUGCCAUGAAAUUUAAUCACAUUUGUGAACAAACACGAUUCAAGAACUGAAUACUUGUAGUCUGUAGAGAGGGGACAAAAACCUGUUACACUGCUUGUACAGUUCAAGGUUUCAGGGGAUCUUCUCAGUUCCCCCAUAGCAGGGACUCAAUAACUUUUGCAUCAGGUAAUCUGGUGUGAACUUUUUAAUUUGUAGAAUUUUACAGCUGUACGUGAAAAAGGUAGAUUCAAUUUUUUUUUUCCAAGAAAGUACAGCAAACAUUGCAUUCCAUCCUCAUGACUACAGUGUCCCUGUAUCACUU